CUCUUCAAUCAACUUCGAACAUCAACAAACUGCCCACCAUGAAGACUACCUGGAAGGACAUCCAACCUGUACCGACGUCGCAGGAAUUCCUCGACAUUGUUUUGAGCCGAACGCAGCGACGUUUGCCCACACAAAUUCGGUCAGGCUUUCAAAUAAGCAGAAUUAGAAAUUUCUAUACCAGAAAAGUCAAAUUCACGCAAGAGACCUUCACUGAGAAGCUCUCGCUGAUCCUUGAUGGCUUUCCUCGACUCCAAGAUAUCCAUCCUUUCCACAAAGAUCUCCUCAAUACCCUGUACGAUGCAGACCACUUCCGCAUAGCCUUGGGCCAGCUCUCGACCGCGAAGCACUUGAUCGAGAUUGUCUCUCGCGAUUAUGUCCGACUUCUCAAAUAUGCACAAUCGCUCUUCCAGUGCAAGCAGCUCAAGCGUGCGGCGCUGGGACGAAUGGCCACCAUCUGCAGAAGAUUGAAAGAUCCCCUCCUCUAUCUUGACCAAGUGCGACAGCAUCUCGGUCGACUGCCGUCCAUUGACCCAAAUACUCGAACUCUCCUCAUCUGCGGGUACCCGAAUGUUGGAAAAUCUAGCUUCUUAAAGAGUGUUACGAGAGCAGAUGUUGAUGUGCAACCAUAUGCCUUUACAACUAAAAGCUUGUUCGUUGGACAUUUCGACUAUAAGUACCUUCGAUUCCAAGCCAUCGAUACCCCGGGUAUAUUGGACCAUCCCCUCGAAGAAAUGAACACCAUCGAAAUGCAGUCCAUCACCGCAAUUGCACAUCUCCGUUCUGCAAUCCUCUAUUUCAUGGAUCUUUCAGAACAGUGCGGCUACACAGUUCAAGCACAGAUUCAGCUUUUCCAAAGUAUUAAACCUUUGUUCGCAAACAAGCUUGUCUUCAUCGUCAUCAACAAGAUCGAUGUUACUCGACCUGAAGACUUGGACGAGGAGACGCAAGCACAACUUCAAGGUUUGUUGAAAUCAGGGGACGUUGAGAUGCUCCAGCUCUCAUGUACGACAAGCGAAGGUGUUCAGGAAGUCAAGAAUGCAGCAUGCGAGCGUCUGAUCGCUGAUCGUGUGGCUCAGAAGUUGAAAGCAGGCACGAGCACCAGUGGAGCCGUCGGUGGCCGUCUCGGAGAUGUUCUCACCCGAAUCCACGUUGCCCGGCCCAUGGAUGGUAUUGUACGUGAAGCCUUUAUCCCCGAAGCCGUCAAGACUCUCAAGAAAUACGACAAGAAUGAUCCCGAGCGUCGGAAAUUGGCUCGAGAUAUUGAGGAAGAGGAAGGAGGAGCAGGAGUCUACAAUGUAGAUCUCAAGGAUAAAUACAUGCUCGAGAAUGACGAGUGGAAGCACGAUAAGAUUCCCGAAGUUUUCGAUGGUAAGAACGUCUACGAUUUCAUCGAUCCGGAUAUCGAAGCGAAGCUCGCUGCUCUCGAAGAGGAGGAGGAGAAAUUAGAAGCCGAGGGCUACUACGAUUCCGAUGAAGAUCUAGAAGAUGCCGAGGACGCCGAAAUUAGAAUGAAAGCCGAGCUGAUCAGAGAGAAACGCCAAUUGAUUCGUAACGAAGCAAAGAUGAAGAAGAGUCUCAAGAACCGGGCCAUCAUCCCCAGAACCGCUAUGAGAAAGAAGCUCACCGACAUGGAGGAUGCCCUCGACACUCUUGGUCAUGACACAACCAACAUUUCAGCACGUGCAAGAUCGCAAUCUAGAGGUCGCAGUGUCCUGAGAUCAAGAACUGGAACUGAAGAUGCGAUGGACGUCGAUGAUCCAGCGUAUGAGGCGAAGAUGCGGGCCAAGAGCAGAGCAAGAAGUCAGAGCAAUAGACGUGAUGACGGUGUUACCAACGAAGUUGCGAGAACCAAGGCCGAGCGAGCACAGAAAUUGAGUCAGAGAAAGAUGAACAGAAUGGCAAGACAAGGUGAAGCUGAUCGACAUGUCGCAGCAGCAAUGCCGAAGCACUUGUUUUCUGGCAAGCGUGGCAUGGGCAAAACUAAUAGUCGCUGAUCUGUCCAUUGUUCUUUGCGUGUCACGACUGGAUGGAUGCAUGUUCACCACUGGCGUUUUGGUGUAUGGACUAUACAGGGAUUUGAAAGAUUCCGAGAUCGUUUGUAGCAUGGUUGGCGCGGAGGUCUCUUUCUAGUAACAUAUGCUUCUGUGUCACCAUGUACCUUAUUUAAGGUACGCACAUAGUAGCAAUGCAGCUUCUCGUCCC